CGCGCCCGGCCUGCCAUGGCGUUGGUGCCCAGCGGGCCCGGGGCAGCGCCUGCACCUGGCGCCCGGUUUUUCUGCACCGCGGGGCGCGGCCUGGAGCCCUUUCUGAUGCGGGAGGUGCGGGCGCGGCUGGGGGCCACGCAGGUUGAAUAUCUUUCAGGAAAAGUUUUUUUCACCACUUGUUCUGACUUGAGUAUGCUGAAAAAAUUAAAAUCUGCAGAACGAUUAUUUUUGCUGAUUAAAAAGCAGUUUCCACUUACUGUCUCCUCUGCAAGUAAAGGAAAAAUAUUUAAUGAAAUACAAAAACUUAUAAAUGAUGAUCCAGAAAGUUGGUUGAAUGCCAUUUCCAUUUGGAAAAAUCUUCUUGAACUUGAUGCAAAAAAGGAAAAAUUUCCUCAAAAAGAUGCUAACCCAUUAAAAAGGAAAGUGGGAGAAAAUGACAUCAUCGUUGCUAAGAAAUUAAAAACAGGACAAAUGAAAGAAAUGGAGAGCACAGAAUGCCAGCUGGAAAAAGAAGUAGAAGAAACACUGGAGCAAGAAGAUUUUAUCACUGAAAGAGAGCCAUUUCAAGAAGAAUUUCAGAAUGAUGGAGCUGAAGCAGUUAAUACCCAGAAUGACUUGACUUUCAGAGUUUCUUGUCGUUGCAGUGGAGCAAUUGCAAAGACCUUUACUGCACAGGAGAUGGGAAGAGUAAUUGGAAUUGCUCUUAUGAAACAGUUUGGAUGGAAAGCAGAUUUGAGGACUCCAAGUAUAGAGAUCUUUAUACAUCUAAAUGACAUUUACUCUGUGGUGGGAAUUCCUGUCUUCAGGGUUCCUCUAGCCAGCAGAGCUUACAUCAAGACAGCAGGGCUGAGGUCUACCAUCGCCUGGGCAAUGGCCUCUCUUGCUGAAAUUAAAGCUGGUGCACUUGUUUUAGAUCCAAUGUGUGGACUUGGAACAAUUCUUUUGGAAGCUGCCAAAGAAUGGCCAGAUGUGAAUUAUGUGGGUGCUGAUGUUAGUAACUCACAGUUACUCGGUGCCUGUGACAAUCUGAGAGCUGCAGGCCUUAAGGAUAAAGUUGAGUUACUUAAAGCCUCUGUGAUAGAAUUGCCAUUGCCUUCAGAAAGUAUCGAUAUUAUUAUUUCUGACAUUCCAUUUGGGAAAAAGUUUAAGUUAGGAAAAGACAUCAAAAGCAUUCUACAAGAAAUGGAAAGAGUGCUUCGUGUUGGUGGAACUAUCGUAUUACUGCUUAGCGAAGAUCAUUACAGGCGCCUUAAAGAUGGUAAAGAGAGCAGCAGCCCUUUGAAUUCCAAGGACAGCCGCACAGAUGAAUCUGGAAUUGAAAAAUGCUUGAAUCUCAAAGAAAAAACUGCCAUUUCAGAGACAGUGUCAUCUUCCUUAGAAGCCAGUAACCAGGGAUGCUUAGACAAAAUGCCACCAUUUGGCUCUUUAGUGUCAGUGGAAUGCUACCGAGUUAGCCUUGGAAAAACAGAUGCAUUCAUACAUAAAUAUAAGAAGGUCCACUCCUCUGGACUACAGCACACUGGCUGCGCUAAGGCAGGUUCAAGCCCUUAGACAGCAGCAGCACAGCAGUAGAAGUGGCUGUGCCUGGGAUCUUGGUCGAACCCCAGAGUUCCAAGUAACCAAACUCCCCUGAAGACAGGGUCUGGGCAUCAGUGCUUAGGAGCUUUUGCUUUACUCUCUAAAGAGCUCCCUGCUUCAGACCAAAGACAAUGGAUGCUUAAAGGACUCUUAAACUUUGUAUUCCUUUAAAAUGUGAAAAGGUCUGCUCUUGCCAGCACUGUUUCUGAGCAGAAUCUUCAACUCGAAAAUUUUUCGAGGUUCACAGAAUGUGUAUUGCAGUCAACAUCACAAGGUUGUUGAUAUCCUAAGUCAGACUUUUCUAAAUGUAGAAAUGUUUGUGUUACUUAAUUUUGAUAUUUUGAACCUGUAAUUUUCUUCUCCUUUGGAAUGAAAUUUUUAUUUGUAAUACAUUUUGUAUGUUCCACUUUAUGUAAAACAUCAAUGGGAAUAAUAAAAAUAUGAAUUAACGCCAACCUCCAACAUGAUGGAAAUGUUUUUUCUAAAAGCAUUAAUAAAUUAUUC